UUGUAUUAAGAAACAAACCUCCCUGUAACUCUCUGGCAUAAACUGAGAAGCUUGCAGGUGUUUGAGGAUGUGCUUGCUCUCUUACCUGCAAUACAUAUAAUAAGCUUGGUAAUUUCCAGCUACUUCUAGGUUAAGGGAACCUCUUCUCAGGAAGAGGGCAGUAGUGGAAGACCUGGGUGAUGUGUCAGAAACCAAACAUCUCCUCCUUCCUGCCAGAUUUCAAGGGUCAAGGUUUCAUUCAGUUAAUUUGUUUAUGAAAACUUUCAACUGUAAUUUCAGCCUACCAUAUAAUGGCAAUUGUAGUAUCUUGUCCUUUUUUAUUUUUUUUUAACUUUCACUUUUUUGACACCCCAUGUUCUGCUGUGUUCUUUUGCCUAGUUAAACUUGUCUUUGGAAGGUGUGAUUUGAUAUUUGUGUAGUGUGUUUUUUGUUUGUUUGGUGGUGGUUGGUUUGUUUGUUUUGGUUUUUUUUGGUUGUUUUUUUUUUGUUGUUGUUGUUGUUUUGUUUUGUUCUUGUAUUAUCUUUGACCUUUGAUAUAAGCAUUUUGAUAAACUACAGGGAACUCAAACUUUUUACUUUGGGUACCAUACCAUGCACGACUGAUGUAAACUGCAUCUCUGUUCUUCAAAUAAAAUCAAUGGUAUGACAAUCUGUAUACAAUUGCUGUCCUUAACAUUUUAGCCUCUUCUUUCAAGUAGCUAGGUUUUUUUUCCUUAUGUUUUGCAGAAAAUUACUAUCUGCUUGUUUUUUUUUAUAUUUCAGAAGUCAGCUCACAGAGUUUUCAUGUCUGACUACUGGUAUCGGACCCUGAGCCUGUGCAAAGAAACUGGAAGCUGCAACUGUUUUGCAGCGGCCAACCAGCCUAAUGAAGAGAAAGAAGAAGAUACCAACUAUCAGGUUGUGGUGUCAGAUACCAUGCAGCUUGUGCCAGAUAAGCAAGAGGUGACAGAAAUCACAGUAGAUGAAAUCAUGCAUCAGGAUAUCAUUCCCCUCUAUGCUGCAGAUAUUCAGGACCAAUUAAAGAAACAAUUUGCUUAUCUGUCAGGUGGAAGAGGGGGAGAUGGCUGCCCUGUUAUCACCUUCCCAGACUACCCAGCUUUCAGUGAGAUUCCUGAAAAAGAGUUUCAGAAUGUCCUGACUUACCUGACAAGCAUUCCAAGUUUACGAGAUGCUGGGAUUGGAUUUAUUCUUGUCAUAGAUCGCAGACAGGACAAAUGGACCUCCGUGAAAGCUUCCAUACUGCGGAUAGCAGCAUCUUUCCCAGGAAACCUGCAAUUAGUCCUCGUUCUGCGCCCAACAGGAUUUUUUCAUCGAGCUCUCUCAGACAUUGCUUUCAGAUUCAACAGAGAUGAGCUUAAAAUGAAAGUACCUAUCAUAAUGCUGGGCUCAGUAUCAGAACUGCAGGGCUACAUUGAUAAGACACAAUUAACAGAAGAUCUUGGUGGCACCCUGGAUUACUGCCACAACAGAUGGCUGUCCCGUCGCACUGCUAUAGAAGGUUUCGCCCAAAAGGUUAAGCAAACAGCUCAGAUUCUUCAGUCCUUUGGGACUGAGCUGGCUGAAACAGAACUACCAAAUGAUGUGCAAUCAACCAGCUCCCUUCUUGCAACACACACAGAAAAGAAGGACAAAAUGAAGGAGGAUAUCAGGGUAGCAGUAGAACAGGGAGAUGAUAUCCUUGGAAGUAUUACAAAACCAGUUACUGAGAAUCCUGAAUACAAACUGAAUCAAGAUCAGCUAGACAAUCAAACAACAGUAGAAAGGCUACUGGCUCAACUGCAUGAAACAGAGACUGCCUUUGAUGAGUUUUGGAUUAAGCAUCAGCAAAAACUAGAACACUGUCUGCGUCUUCGGAAUUUUGAACAGGAUUUCAGAGAGGUCAAAGCAGCUCUGGAUAUUGUGUCUGAGAGACUGUCUGCUUUCACAGAUGUGGGAAACAGCCGUUCACAUGUGGAGCAUAUUUUGAAAGAUCUUGCCAACUUUGAAGAAAAAUCACAUGAAACUGUAGCAAAAGCCAGAAUGUUAGCCUCAGAGCGUGAUGCUUUUAUUCAAAUCAAUCAUUAUGCCGUGGACUCCAUUAUUCCAAAAUGCAGUGAACUUCAUCAUCUAUGUGAUGCCUUCACUACUGAGACAGAACGGAGGAGAAAUCUUCUUAACAAAUCUCUAGAACUGCAUGACUUACUAGAGAAGUCUAUGAAGUGGUGUGAUGAAGGAAUUUACCUGCUGGCUUCCCAGCCAGUAGAUAAGUGUCAGUCUCAGGAUGGUGCAGAAUCAGCAUUACAGGAGAUCGAGAAAUUCCUGGAUACUGGUGCUGGCAAUAAAAUCAAGGAGUUGAAUAAAAUUUACAGAGAGUAUGGACACAUCCUCAAUGAAGACCUAAAGGAGCAUGUACAAAAAGUUUUCCAGAAGCAAGAAAGUAUGGAAGAAAUGUUUCAAAAGCGGCAACUAAGUCUUAAGAAGCUGGCAGCUAAGCAGACACGUCCUGUUCAGCCAGUUGCUCCGAGACCUGAAGCCUUUGUAAAAUCUCCUUGCACCUCUCCAGGUCUUCAAAGACAAAACAUGUCCAACUCAGAAAGCAGUGUGCUUCGGAGGGUAAACUACAGAAAAGCAAAGAGUGAAAUGACUGAACUCCAUCAAAGCCGAGGAGGAUCUACAAUGGAUGAUGAAGAAAACCUAGCUGUGUUACGACAACAUGUAAUGAAUGAACUUAUCGAGACUGAACGAGCAUAUGUGGAAGAACUUCUCUGUGUUCUUGAGGGUUAUGCUGCAGAAAUGGACAACCCCUUAAUGGCUCAUCUCAUUUCACCAGAACUGCAAAAUAAGAAAGAUAUCUUGUUUGGGAAUAUGGAAGAAAUUUAUCAUUUUCACAACAGAAUAUUCUUGAGAGAACUAGAAACCUAUGUAGAAUACCCAGAACUAGUAGGACGGUGCUUUCUGGAUCAGAUGGAAGACUUCCAGAUUUAUGAAAAAUACUGUCAAAAUAAACCUCGAUCUGAAAGUUUGUGGAGGCAGUUUUCAGACUCUGUAUUCUUCCAGGAAUGUCAGAAGAAACUCGACCACAAGCUCAGUUUGGACUCAUACUUGCUGAAACCUGUUCAAAGAAUAACCAAAUACCAAUUACUGCUAAAAGAAAUGCUUAAGUACAGUAAGAACUGUGAAGGUGCUGAAGACCUUCAGGAAGCACUGACUUCUAUCCUGGGCAUUCUUAAAGCAGUUAAUGAUUCUAUGCAUCAGAUAGCCAUUACAGGCUAUGAUGGAAACCUGAAUGAGCUGGGCAAGCUUUUAAUGCAGGGAUCCUUCAAUGUGUGGACUGAUCAUAAAAAGGGUCACACAAAGGUGAAAGAUUUGGCACGCUUCAAGCCAAUGCAGCGACACCUCUUCCUCCAUGAGAAAGCAGUGCUGUUCUGUAAAAAGCGAGAAGAAAAUGGAGAGGGAUAUGAGAAAGCACCUUCUUACAGCUACAAACACUCCUUAAAUAUGGCUGCAGUUGGAAUAACAGAAAAUGUCAAAGGCGAUGCAAAAAAAUUUGAAAUCUGGUAUAAUGCAAGGGAAGAAGUUUACAUUAUACAGGCACCAACCCCUGAAGUUAAAGCUACUUGGGUAAAUGAAAUAAGAAAAGUGCUGACAAGUCAACUGCAGGCAUGCAGAGAAGCUAGUCAGCACAGGACACUAGAACAAACACAGAGCUUACCUCUACCACUACCAGCAUCAUCCUGUGCAAGUCCUUCACGAAACCUCAUCAGAAAUACCAAAAAAAUGGAGGAGAAAAAAGCUGAUCUCACAAGUCUAGAAGGUUGUGGCACUACAGUAACACCAAAGUACCCUGAGAAAGGCAAAGACAACACUAGCUCUACUUCAGAAUGCUCUGUACUGUCAAAAAAGCGCUUUACGCUGCAGGGCUUUACUAACCUCAAAAUUCAGAAAGAAACUCCAUCUCCUUCUGCUAAAAGCCAGACAUUGCCAAUGAUCCUUCUUACAGGACCAGCUUCUCCUACCAGUCCUGACAAAAAAGCCAAACGGCACGAAGUAGUGAGUGACCCAACUCCUUUUGGUUUAAGAGGCUGGGCCAAACCAUCCCAUUCUCUUGAUGCAUCCGAAGAAAAUGACGGCUGGUCUAGUGCAGAAGAACCGCUGAAUUCAUCGGAUGCAGAGGAAGAAGGAGGAGGAGGGGGUGGCGAGAUGAAGCUGACUCCUGGUAAAUAUACAGUUGUGACUGACUAUGACAAAGGAGUUUCCGAAGAAUUUACGGUGAAAAGUGGAGAUCUAGUUCAACUGAUUCGUGAAGGGGAGGAUGGACUUUGGUUUGUAAGGAACCUGAGCAGUGGUAGAGAAGGUUGGAUUCCAGCAAACAAUCUGCUGAUGCUCAUAGGCAACUCAAAAUCAGCUCAAUCAUUAAGCAGCUCUGAAUCAGGCACUGCCUCCAGCAAUUUGAGCACAUCAUCAAGUUGCAGUGAUAGCUGCAAUGUCAGUAGCACCAGCUUCUCUGACAUUAAGGGUUAA